AUGCCAGAAAGUGCGUGGGACGCACCAGCGCGCGACAAGGAGCACGGGUCAUCGUUGUGGAGGGAGUAUCUCGAGGAUCGCUUUGUCCGGGGAGGCGACGAGGACUUCGACUACAGCACAGUCGACGCAGAUGAGGACCUGGAUGUCAUGGCGAGAGACGAAGAGGAAGAGCGAUGGUACGAGGAAGAGGAGCCGCAAUGGGCGCUAGAGAACAACUCUGACUCGCCCAAGAAGACGCUGUCAGGCCAGACUGGAGUACAGGAUUUCUGA